UAACUUUGACAAAUAUUUUGACAAAAUUAAAGCAAACUUUAAACGAGAAGCUUUUGUGUAGUAUUUAAAACGAUACAGAGUUACAUACAUUAUGUUUUACAUAAUUUAAACUUAAUAAACUUUUACAGCACGUUUUAUCUUUAUUUAAUUGGGUUAGCAGCCUGUAAUAUGCACGUAUUAUUUUUGUUUAAAUCGAAAUAGUUCAAGCCUACAAAAGAUAUUUACACGUGGUUUCUCGCAUGGAAACAGGAUCUGCGCAUGCGCGAGAAAUCUUCAGAGGGGGCAAAGCCCUUCGUCUAAUAAAACCGAUAGACAGUAAGGAUGGAAACAUUAUUUUGUAGUUCUCAUUUAACACAUUUGUGCCAAUUUCAAUAUUUUUACGUGGUGUCAUGUUAAUAUAAAAGUAGAAUUUUAUGAAAUAUUGUAUGUGACAUUUACAAUGCUACAAGAAUUCAACCAAAAAUUAAUUUUUAUGAUAUUUUAUUUUAAAACAUAAGAAAGUGAUAGAUUCGAAUUCUAUGUGAUUUACAUGAAUGAGCACCGACAAGACUGAUUAUGAAACAAAAUAUAUUACUCUAAUUUAUGUAAUUACUUCAUUACUAAAUGCAAGAUAAGAUUGCUAUUGAAAUUAACAGUAUUAUUGUAAACAAUCGGUUACUUGCUACUAGUUUUAUAAAAGAGAUUAAAGGACAUAAGUGAAAGUAAUUACAAUAUUAUACUAGCAUGAUCUAUAAAUAAUGCAGAGGAUAUUUAUAGAAUUAUGACUUAUAAUUGGGUCGAUCAUUAAGAAAUUUAGAAAAGCCGAAAGAUUAAAAAAUUUUUAAUACAUUUUUGAGCAGAAUCUAAUUAAUGAAAUACAUUAAAAUAAAUAGUGCGAGAUCAAGAUAUAAGUUUAUUUUAUUUCUAUAUAUACCAAAGAAUUAUUGCCAAGGUUUUUAUAUUAUCUCACUUCACAAUAAUUUUAGAAUACUGCGUACAAUGCAGAUGUUAUAUAAUUUAUUCACCUAAUACGAAUUAUAAGCAAAAAUUAUUUAAUAAAAAACGGAUUAUGAAAUGAUUGCUAAGUAUGUUCUUUUAAUAUAAGUGAGUUUCAACGUAAAUAAAAGUUUGUACAUAUGGGUUUUACAAAGAUAUUAAAACGUAUGCUGUAUGCAAAUUUUGCAUCGUGUAGUUCUAAAACGUUAGGAAUACUAGCACCAUUAACAAUCCCACCAUUGCAUAUUGCAUUUCUGUACUACUUUUGGCAAGAAUAUUCAAGAGACGUAGACAAACAGUAUUGUUCUUGUUCAUGUUGGGACACAGUAUUUAAGGGAUCAUAUGAGUCUGGAAUUGCCUCUUAUAAACAUAUGUAUUUUAAUGCCACAUCAAAUACUUUAAAAAUAUGGAUUACGAUUGUAAUUGGAGUUAUUACUUUAUAUGAAGUAGUGAAACAUUUGACAUGGCUAGCUUUUCAUAACCGCCUUAGACUUUCUAUGAUGAUCCUUUUUUUAACUGCUAUUUUCUCACAUUACUAUACUUGGUGGGUUUAUAUGAAUUAUUGGAAUGAUGAGUUCUAUUCCCAAUGGUACCACCAAUUGUUUUUCUCUAUCACUGAGCUGAUUUCUACUUUCCUGGUUGUUCAUCUGGCAGAUAAUAAAAAUCCAGUAACUCAUAGAAAAGCAUUUGGUAUAGCUGCAAUAGCUAUUUUACAUAUUUUAGCAGGUGGUUGGGAUCAAUUUGUUGCCAAUGUUUUCAGAGGAGAAGGACGUGCACAUCAGGUUGUACGUGAUCUUGGAUUUAUGAUCCCAGAUAUUCUUCAUGUUGCUAUUCCAUUAUGGACAGUUAAGUGGAAACAUAUAUAUAAUCUUCCUGGUUCUGCCAAACAAGAUCCUAGUAUCAAAAGAGAUCUAGCUUAUAUGUUGGGGAUGAUAUGUAUAGGAUUAUGCAUUUGUGCCAUAUUGUAAUUCAGUCAUUAUAAUGCCUAAAAAUAGUGUCUUAAAGAUAAAAUGAUUAUUUAAUUUAACUUAUUUUCUUAUACCAAGUUUUGAAAGAUGUACAUCUAUAAAUGAAUAUUAUUCUAAAAAUAUAUAUGUGCACAUAUACAGGAAGUGCAACAGGUUUGGGGAAAAACUUCAGGAGCAUAUAGCACUCAUCAAAACAAGCAAAAAGGUCUAGUUUUGGAGUUACAAAAUGUUUUUGUCAAUAAGAUAUUAACUCUACAGUUACUGGCAUGUUUCUUAUCUCUUACAUUGGUUUACUAUAAAACUGUACUAUUAUACACUAAACAUCUCAUAAUUCCAAAACUAAUGAUUUUUGGAUCCAUGUUUAUUAAGACCUUUUUUACUUGUUUUGAUGAGUACUAUAUACAUACUCCUAAAGUUUUCUCCAAUUUUCUUGUACAUCCUGUAUUUAUAAACCUUUAUAAUACUUUUUAUGGUGCUGAUACUUUCGCUGAAAGAAAAUUUACUUACAAUUAGUCAAUUUAGUUUAAUAGAUUCCAUUACAAAGUGGUUCCCAUUAUUGCUUAAACAAUGUUACACAUUUGAAGAGCUUUUAUCUUUCUAUGUUCUAUUUCAUUUUAUAUAUUCUUAACAUAUUACAUAUGUAUAUAUAUAGUUGAAAAUGCCUACAAAGUACAAGUUGCUUACAAUAGGAAGGCUGUCCUUUUAGGUUGUUUGUUUCUUUUACGUUUGCAAAUUAGUAAAUUAUUUAUCUUAUCUACUAAAACAAGAAAUAUUUUAGGUAUUAACAAAAAAGUAGUACAUGUAAUUAGAGAAAUUAUGAUUAAUCACUUAUAUCUUUUUAGCAUUGAAAUAAAUAUAUUUAUAGUUAUUCUUUUUCGAUAAUAAUUAAUGAUUAAUUAGUGAUAUUUAUUAACUAUUAAUCUUUGACAUCAGUGGAAUGUAUACUGUAACGAUAAGCGAACAACGAUAGUUGUCGAAAGAUGAAAUUGUGCACAUUUUUUUGUCACAAAAAAAUUGCUUUUUCUUGCUAUAUCGAUAAUAAUUAAUCAGUUUAAUAACGAAUUAUUUAGAUCAGAAUAAAUUCCAAAGUAAGUAGUAGUAUACAUUACCAUUUGAUAAUUGCCUACUUUUUGAUAUUAACGAAUGUGUUCUUAAUUUAAAUAUAUUAGUCAUAAUAGUUAUAGAAGUUUAGUUUAGAUGUAAGGAUAAGGUCACUUUCUCGUUUUCAAAAUAUUUAUCGAGAUAUUUUUGUGAUUAUUGUUUGUGUAUAUUGUGUAUACCGGGUAAUUACGAAAUAUUGUUAUAGCUUUGCAGUGCUUUGCAUAUUUAUUUAAAUAUCGCGAUUAAAUAAAUGAGGAACAUUCAAGAUUAUACAUAUAAAUUAUAUCAACGAAAGGAACAUAUCAUACAACGUUUGCGAUACGUUUCUUAAAAAUAAAAAUAAUUAUAAAUGAAACAAGGAAUGUACAAUAUAAUUAUUGGCAGUUUUGAAGAGCAGUGCUCUUGUUAAGGAACAAGGCCACAACAAAGUGCCUACAUACAAUGCGAAUUAUUUUCGUUAAUAUCUCAUUGACUUAAUGUUAUUAUAAUAUACGAAUUGAUUCUACAGGUGAUAAUAGAUAUUGUAUAAGACUUUAAGGACCUUUUACGGAAACCAAUAAUGAAGUAACUAAUUUAAGAAUUAGUUUAUUUCAAAGUAAAAACUAUUAAUAGUCGGCACUAUUCAUUGUUUUACUGUAUUAGAGAGAAGAAGAAAUAUUUCAGGGCUAUAAAAAUAUAACUUAAUUUAUUUCAGUACCAUCCUCUCUGCUUGUAUGUUCCAUAUUUCAUAUUUCAAAAACAAAUUAAUAUUUGAAUUACUUCAAAGACUUUUACUUCAUUUUAUUUCUGUAUAAUGAUAACAUUAUACAGAAUAAACGUUUAUUAUCGUAUUAUCUAGAAUUUAGUAGAACUCUUUUUGAAUAUAUACAACUUUGACUUUGUUUCAGUAGUAAUUGAAAUAUUCAUUAGUUCAAUGCUUUAUACUAACUAACUUGAGUGAUAUCUGCUACACUGAUAAUUUUAUAUUUCUGCGUAUAUUAUACAAUUAAGGAAACAAAUUGAUUUUUUAAUGUUUAAGAGUAACUUCUACUGAAAGUACUUACUGAAAUUACCUGUUAGUAUUUAUUUAUUCUCGUCAUAUCAAAAACAUUUGUGAUCAUAUCUCGUAAUAUCAUUGUUAAUAAUGCGGCCUAUAAUAUGAAAUUAUAUUUGUAAUAGUUGCUAAUUUAUUGUAUUAAUUUUAAAUGAGAGUCUAAUUUAUUUUAUUCUUGUGUACCUUUUGUAAAAAUUAGAUCGACCGAACAUUUAUAUUGUAUUCGAAACAUAUUAGGAAUAUUAUGAACAAAAUGUAAUAUCAUAUUUGAAAUUGUGGUUGAUGGAACAUGUAUAAAGAAAAUAAAAUUUAC